UUUUAGAUCUGCUGCGGCUGGUUUUAUUGCUUCUGUGUCGGUUUGAUUCCUCAUUUUUAAGCCUCUCUUCCCAUCUUUCUCAUCACUCCCUCUCUCACUCUUUCCCACCGCUUUAGCUUUCAUAUACAUAUUUAUCCUCAUCUUGAUCCUCACACUAGCUCAUUUUGAUCACACCCAACUCUCUGUUUUUCUCAAUCAUUUCCCUGAUUCCUGUUUGGUUUUGGUUCUGAUCACCUUAGCUCCUAAUCACUUUGAUUUGUUAUCUUGCUUCAGCCCUUCAACCAAAUCAUAGCUAGCAGCAAAGCAGCUGAUCGAUCUAGAUUUCUUGCUCUGUUUUCUGGGGUACCACAACUAGGGUUUUGCUCCGAGUUGCGCCGCCCUUUGUUUUAGUUGGAUCAAAUUAGUGGAUACCCAGUACGAUUCACUCGUUUUUCUCAUCUGGGUCUGUCUUAGAUCUUCCAAAUAGUUACGCAAAAUGUUGGAUCCGUGCGAUAAGCUGAGUGAUCAGGGAUCAGAGUCGGAGGACAUGAACAUCAUCAAACACCCAAAUGAAGGCUCAUCGGAAGAAGGCCAGAAGAGGACAUGCUUCGAUUGCGGCACCUCCAAAACCCCUUUGUGGAGAGGCGGUCCAGCCGGGCCUAAGUCGCUAUGCAAUGCGUGUGGGAUCAGAAGCAGGAAGAAGAGGAGGGCCAUUUUGGGCAUAAACAAAAGCGGGGCUGGCGGCGGCAGCGGCAGCGCAGAUGAAAAUCGAAAGGGGAAAAAGAGCAGUAGCAACAAGCAGCUCGGAGACGGCUUGAAACAGAGGCUAUUGGCUCUGGGAAGAGAGGUGUUGAUGCAGAGAUCGACGGUGGAGAGGCAGCGGAGGAAGUUGGGCGAAGAAGAACAAGCGGCUGUGCUACUGAUGGCUCUUUCUUAUGGCUCUGUAUCUGCUUAGCCGAAGAAGAAAGAAGAAGAAGAAGCGAAUGAUAAAUAAUGAGAUUAAAAUAGUUUGUAGGCAAAAUUGCAAUUCUAACCUUAUCUAUUUCUUGAGUGUAACUUCCCCCCCCCCCAAUGUCUCUUUCAUUAGUGAAAUUUACUUUGUUCUUUAUUUUUGUCUACUAAGAAGUAGUAGUAAUUAAUCUUGGGGUUUUUGGAGAGUAAUUGAGCGAGUGUAAUGCCCUAUUUUUGGCUGACAUUAAUUCUAAAGGCUACUAGUAUUUGAUGUGA